AUGAGCGACAUCUCCAGGCCUGUUAAGCAGGCUCAUCAAGUCCUCAGAAGUGCCGCAAUUUCCAACUCUACGCGCAUGGUAGAGAGACAUGCACUGAAGGAGGUCAUCGAGGAUACGAACCGCCGCUUCUGGGGAUGUGUGAUGCUUCCAAUCACGCUCGCCUUCUUUGGCUUCUACUCUUUGUCUUCCAUUCUGCAUGAGGAUGUGCCGUCCAAGCACAUCACAGAGUUCCCCGUGCGCAAUGUCCUGAACCCACUCUUGGGUGAAGAUGAAGAUCCCACCGCAGAAAUGUUGGAUGGUUUGACCACGUCCGCGGAUGUGUGGAACUAUCUGGAAAAUGUCUUCAUUCCGUUCUUUCUCCGUGACACUGACAUCUACGGUCGCCAACUUCCCGAGGAAAAGCGAGGCACCUUCCUGCAGUACAAUCAGGUGCUCGGUGGCAUAAUCAUGAGCCUUGAACGGGGAUAUCGGCAGCCUUGUGAGGAUCCGCUCGUGGAGCACUUGACAUGCUUUCCCCAGGAUACGCUCAAUGCAGAGCAGUUCGGUGGCAACAUAUCUGAUCUCUUUGAGCCUGGGAAAAAUGCAUCAUACUGGUAUGGUACGAACGAGUCCCUUCUGGAAUGCCCAGAUGAAGGCUUCGUUACACCAGAUUGCGCCAACGUCUCCAAUGCCACAGACAGGCCCGCGCGGUCCAUCAACAUCUGGACUCUGGAUCGGCGACUGGCGCCCUUGGGCCAGGAGUUGGCUGGAUCGAUGCCGGUGGAGCAGACGCAGCUCUCCCGCAUUUUGGAUGGCGAGAAGGGCUUUCAGUUUACCUUGCGGGCGCGAGACCCCCUCGAAAAGAACAUGAAGCGAUUCCAGUACUUGAAGGACAGAGGAUGGAUCGAUGAGCAGACGCUGUCUCUAGAGACGAAGGUAGUAGCCUUCAACUACCAGCUCGCCAUCCCUCGGUUGAUCAAAGUGCAGUUCAAGUUCUAUUUCAGUCGUGGUGGAGGUGUGUAUACCAGGCAGAACAUCGAGGUUGCUACUCUGAAGACCUGGCCGCGGCACAACCGCGCCCUGCUCCUCUUUGUGGACAUCGUUUUCUUGUGCAUGUGCUUAGCAUCCACGGCCUUUAUGGCCCGUGAAUUUUCGAAAGACAUGAAGGCAGGGAAGAUAUUUGGCCACUUCAACUUGAUCAACUCCAUUACCUGGCUCAGUUGCUUAUUUGGUUGGGCUCAUCUUGGUAUGCUCUUCGGGUUGGAAGUGUACCGCAAAAUGGUGAUGGCCAGCAUCGAGGACUAUUUCGACUAUCUUGACACGCAAAGUACACUAGCAGUAAUGAGCUUGUCAGACUCGAUGGCGCAGUUCUCCUCGUAUCAACGAAUCUUCAUCUCUUACGCUCACAUUCUCUUUAUGGCCCGCUGCUUCUUGUCCUUGCAGUGGCAGCCGCGACUUGCCAUCAUCACCUCCACCCUUCAGGCAACGACGGUUGACUUGACCCACUUCUUGAUCGUUCUCAUACCCACAUGGUUUGGUUUCGCCAUUGCCGGCAUGAUCAUGUUUGGACGAAGGAUGCAGGUCUUUUCGACACCCCUAAGUGGCUUUGCCAUGUGCCUCCAGCUUGCUUUGGAGGGUGAGUACGACUGGGGUUACAUGUCUUCAGAGGAUUGGUUCAUUACGCUGCUGUGGGUCUGGAUCUACAUGGUUCUCCUGGUCAUGGUGAUGUUGAACAUGGUGCUUGCUAUCAUCAUGGAUGUGUACGCUGAGGUGCGCCGUCAACAAGGUGAAACCAUGUCUAUCUUCCAGCAUUGCACGUACCUGUUCAAAAGAGCACUAUACUUCAAGAACUGGGUUCCAGACAGAGAGCUGUGGGAGCGUGUAGCAGAGAUGCCGGAGACCAUCAUCGUGGAUGACAUACUGGAGGCGUAUCCGAACAUGCCCGAUUUCCAGCUAAGCUUCCUCUGCGAUGGGGCGAGGAAUCGAACAAGGGUGAUCCAGCGAGCGGGCAUCGACCCAACGUAUACCGUGCAAAUGGUCGCGGCAAUCCAUAUCAGCCUUGAAGAGAUCAUGAUGGACCUCAUGAAGCUCAAGAAACGUGGCUGGAUGGGAAAAGGCUUCGAGGUUCCCAGUGACGAAGACAGGAAUCUCGUGAAGGAAAUCCUCGCCGGCAUUGCGGUGCAAAGUGAGUGGAUGUUGAACGCGCAGAAGCAUGUGUCGUGGCUACACAAUCAGAUCGGCACAGAAGCGACAGACGGGGCUGGAUACGAGUGGAAAGCGACCGGGCCGGCCUGGGCUCUCAGUGGUCAGUGCAUAUGUGCGAGUGUGUUUGUCACAUCGGUGGCCUUUUCGGCCUUUAUCAACAGACUGUUGCGAAGCCUACAUUCAAUCGUGGAAGCAGCACCGAACCUUCGAAGCUUCGCAAGUCACAAAGUGAUUCAGGCCAAAGGGUUUGGAGCUGCAGCCCUUUGA